AGUUCUACGAAACCAUUCUUCAACAAAACAAGUAUUAUCUCGUUCAAUCUUAGCAAUGGCAGUUAUCUCUGAUUUUCAAGAAGACGAAAAGAGCAUUGAUCAUCAAGAAGAGAUCGUGCAGAAUAGCAAACCCUCAUCUUCAACUUCUUCUGAGAAAGAAGAAUUAGCUUCUUCUGAUGAUAAGCCAGAGAAAGAAGAUUCUAAACCUAAGAAAGAAGACAUCGUGCAGAAGAAGGAACCCUCGUCUUCAACUUCUUCGUCUUCUGAUGAUAAACCUAAGAAAGAAGAAUCCAGCAAGAGAGUUCCAAAUAAGGGCAAUGGUUUAGAUAUGGAAACCUAUUCAUGGGGCCAAUCUCUACCAGAGGUCACUAUUAGUAUUCCUGUCCCCGCAGGAACUAAAUCAAAAUCUGUUAGCUGUGAAAUCAAAAAGAACCAUAUCAAGGUUGGAUUGAAAGGACAGCCUUCUAUUAUAGAUGCUGAUUUCUGCCAAUCUGUCAAGGUCGAUGAUUGUUUCUGGAGCAUAGAGGAUAACAAAGUUAUAUCUAUUAUUUUGACUAAGCAGAAUAAAAAAGACUGGUGGAAAUAUCUUGUGCAAGGUGAUCCUGAAAUUGAUACUCAAAAAGCUGAACCUGAAACAACCCAGCUGUCUGACUUGGAUCCUGAAACUCGGUCAGUUGUCGAGAAGAUGAUGUUUGAUCAGCGUCAGAAGCAGAUGGGUCUACCAACAAGCGAGGAAACGAAGCAGCAAGAGAUGUUGAAGAUGUUUCAGUCUCAAAAUCCAAAUAUUGAUUUCUCCGGAAUGAAUAAUAAUCCAAAUAUGGAUUUCUCCGGAAUGAAAAAUUUGGAUUUCUCCAAGAUGAAACAUAAUCCAAAUAUGGAACUCCCCGGAAUGAAAACUUCUCAGAGAGGCCGCAAGAACUAAGAUGUGUGUUAG